AUGACCGCUCCUCAACCGGAACAAGGCCAGCAUCAUGUCCCCUCAUACAAAUCCUCCGACUCAGAGCUUACUAUUGUUCCGUCGCCAGCCUCUCCUGUAACUGGAGCUCAAACACCAACAACAUCGCAAAGUCAUGAUCCUCUCGACCUUGAGGCCAAUCAAGCUGCCCAACAAUCAGGACCGAAAGGACCGCCAGGAGGAUGGCUUGCACAGCAUAUGUCGAGAAACCAGGAAAUAGCCUUCAAUAUAACCAUCUGUUUGGUGCAGCUGUUACCACAGGCAUGCCUGACGACAUGUUUCCCCAUCAUCAAGACACUUGUGGAGGACUUUGGCAUCAGCGAUCCAGCAGUCCUGCCUUGGGUGGUUGCAGCGUAUGCUCUUUCUUUUGGUACAACGAUCCUGCUCGCUGGUCGACUUGGGGAUAUCUUUGGUCACAAGAAUGUUGUUAUGCUUGGCUUCACAUGGCUCUCUCUCUUCUCGGUUGUUGCUGGUUUGAGUCGCUACACUAGCUAUGAAGUGUUCUUCGCCGCUCGAGCGAUGCAAGGUCUGGGCUCUGCAAUGAUGAACCCCAAUGCCUUGGCACUGCUGGGAAGAUCGUACCCGCCUAAUUCCAAGAGCAAGAUCAUCGCUUUCUCGGCUUUUGGUCUCUGUGCUCCACUUGGGGCUUACACCGGCAUGCUUGGUUCUGCGGUUUUAGGUCAACUGGUUCAUUGGUCAUGGUCUUUCUACGUAAUAGCUAUCACGUCCGCUGGGUUGGCCGUUGUGGCUCGUUUCUCAUUACCUUCUCCACCAAAGACACCCAAGCAGAUGCUUCCAUUCUUCAAAAAGCUAGGCUCAAUGGACUGGCUAGGAGGUAUCACUGGCGUAGGAGGACUUGUUGCAAUCCAGAUAUCGCUUAUCUCGGCACCUGUGCAAGGCUGGAAUACUCAAUGGGUCUACAUGCUUUUGAUCAUCGGGAUCAUCCUUGUGGCCUUCUUCGUCAUCGUCGAGCUCAAGGUAUCCAUCGAGCCUCUCGUGCCGUUCAGGUUGCUCAACAGCGAUGUCGCGUUCGUUCUGGCGGCAGUUGCUUGUGGUUGGGGAACGUUCGGCGUUUGGACCUAUUACCUCUGGCGAUUUCUACUGGGUGUCUGGAACGACUCGCCCUUGCAAGCCGCUUUGCAUGUUCUGCCCAUUGUCCCUGUUGCUCUGAUUGCAGCGGUCCUUACUGCUUUCCUUAUGCGAAAGACUCAACCAGCCUGGAUCCUCCUUGGUGCAUUGAUCGCGUUCACACUUGGACCGACCUUUCUUGCAACGAACACUACCACUUCGCCGUACUGGACUUUCACGUUUCUCUCAUUGCUCGUUACACCGUUCGGGAUGGAUAUGUCCUUCCCAUCAGCAACAUUCGUCAUGUCCAACUCUCUACCCAUCGACAAACAGGGCGUGGGAGGCUCAUUGGUCACGACCGUGGUCAACUACAGCAUAUCUCUCGGUCUUGGGCUGGCUUCAACAGUUGAAGUGCGCACUAACGACAACGGCCGCGAUAUGUUCAGAGGGUUUCACAGUGCUUGGAUCUUUGGUCUGGGGCUUGGUUUGAUCGGUAUCGUCGUGUGCGUAGUUUUUGUUCUCAAGUCAUAUCUCUGGCCGUCACUACCAACGACACCACUUGGACUUGCUACUGUCUCGCGUGUCGCAGAGCAGCCGAUCACCAGAAUGAAAAGAGCCGAGACUUUUUCAAGUUCAACAUCUACAGUGGUAGCGGACAGUGGUAGAGAAAAGAUCACACCACCAGGUUUACCGGUGAUUCCCGAGGAGUAUGUCAAGUCUGGAUGA